GUGUUUGAAGAAUCCUAUCCGCUAGUUUUUAAUAAAAAAACAGGCUUGAAUUAAAAUGUCUGAAAACAAGGAGCCAAAUUUAUCCGAAACGGAAAAGCAAAUAUUUAAAGCAAUUGAGGCCAACGAUGUUGUGCUGCUCAAAACUUUACUAGCCGGUAUUAAAAACGUGAACAUUGUUGACGAAAAUUCCAUGACUCCGCUUCAACAUGCAGCUUAUAAAGGAAAUAAAGAUCUUGUGCAAGCUCUUUUAGAUCAGGGAGCAGAUGUGAAUUAUGGUGAACAUCAACACAACUACACCUCGUUACAUUUUGCCGGGCUCUCUGGUAACGCAGAUGUAUGUUUAGCUCUUUUAUUAGCUGGCGCAAAGAGUCAAGUAAUGAACACAGUAGGUCGCACCCCAUCACAAAUGGCGGCUUUUGUAGGACAUCACAAUUGUGUAGCCACCAUCAACAGCUACAUCCCUAAAGAAGACGUCGAUUUUUACACGAUAACUCCAGGUGUUAUUAGCAAAGUACAAGUUUUACCAACUUUUCUAUCUGAGAGUUUUCACAAAUUCAUCAUGCAAACAAAUAUUCAUCCAAUCAAAGUUGUUUUGAAUGUACAAAACUUUGUAGGCUUAUCUGAACAUCUCAGCGAGGUCAAGAAAGCUUUAGAAUUCAUGUGUGAGAGGGAAAUAAAACGAGGCGCAGAAAAGAAUGAAGUCAUGUCAUUUAAAUUUCACUACUUAGGCUACAUCAUUGGAGAGAUUCUUAAAGUUAAAUUGAGACAGACUGCUAAGAAAGAUGAAUUAGAGGAAGAAAAAAAAUUAGAUAUGACUGAAUUGUUUACCAGGAAGUUGUUGAAACCUGGUAAAGAUGGUCAGCUGGAAAUAAUGGACGCUUUCUUGAAAGAGUGCAUAAGAGAAUUUCCUUACAGAGAUUGCACCCUAUUCAGACAAAUGGUUGCGAGUUUAGCUGGUAAAGAUCCCCCGACGGCAUUAAGCGUUUUAACUUCCGCCAUAAAUGGUCAAAUGGGCUUCUUGGAUAGCAUAUCCGUUUGCAACACGUGUGGGGAACAUAAGCCUGCCAAAAAAUGUUCAAAAUGCAAAGUUGUACAAUACUGUGAUAGAAACUGCCAAAGGCUGCACUGGCACUGGCACAAGAAAGCCUGUCCUAGAUUAAGUCAAAGUCUCAUUGAAGACGCACAGGUUAAACCUGAUGCUGGUGAAUUAUCGACUGAAUUACAAAAUCUUUUGGUGAAUAAUUGAAUAAGUUUUUAAAAUAAUUUUAUUUAAGGUUUAUUAAACACAUUUUAUGAACAAGGUAAUAUAUUAUAAGUUCACUAAAGCAGAAAUAAUUGUGUUUUAUUUUUUGUAUUUAUAAGGAGGUAAGUAUUCCAAAAAAAAUGAAGAGUAAAGGCAUUGUGAAAUGAUAAUUUCUCCUGUAUCUGCACAAAUAGAUUAAAUCUAUUAGUAUACCUUAUAAACACCUUUUUAUAGGUAAUUAUGAGCAAGGGAAAUUACAGACUUGAUAAUUGAAUCGGUC